CCGGGGAGGCCGCAGAGGCGGCUGCGUGUGAGCUGGAGCCGGGGUGGGGAUGGAGGGGAUGGACUCCUGGUACUCGUCCCCUCGCUGGCGGGUUCCCGAGCUCGGGGACUCCGGGGUCCCCUGCCCUGGGGAGGAGUAAGUGGGACUCACUGGAGGGCUGGGGCCUGGCGGCGGGCUCUGCUUUUCAAAACGGAGAAAGGUCAGAUCUGGGACCUGCAGAUCAGAGUGUUUGAUUUUGCCCUUCAUCUCAUUUAGGAAGAGAGGGGCAGACUGGGAAAUGGUGUGAGCUUACUGACGGGACGGACCCAACUAGGCAUCAUUACUGCUGUUCUCUUAGCCCAUCAAGUUAGCAGACACGUAAUUAAGGAAGUGUUAGAAUAAAGAGCAUAUGAAUUUGAGCAAGACUCGACACACCUCGCCUAGCUUUUCAGGAGCUGAGAUGUUGGCUGGGGAAUAAUGCAGGUCUGCGGGUUCCUAGUUGGAGGGUAACAGCUCAGAAUCCGGAUUAGUGGCUGCUGGUGUCUGCAAGGAGACCCUAAAAGCCUGUCACUGCUCCCGUGUUGGCCUUAUUUUGUUAAGUGUUUUAAUUUUUGUUAAGGUUCCUUCUGCCAGAAAUAAUGUAAGGUGCAGUGCCUCUCAGUUACUUGGAAGAAGGUGUAGGUUAGACCGUGGAAAAUUCACAUCGAUUUAAGGCUGGGAACAUAAUCCCCCAAUCUUUCCCAUCUUCCUAAAUGGCAUCACUGUUCACCUGGGUUUUCAAGCCCCAAACGUAAGAAUAAUUUUCUUUCUCUUAUUCCUCAAGACGAUUCAUAAUUAGUCUUGCAGCUUCUGCCUCCAAAAUGUAUUUCCAGUCAGCCCUACUCUUCCCAGGUCUGGUGCUCCUGGCUGGUUCAGCCUUCCUGUCUCCAGGUGGCCUUCUAUGGGGGCCUCUCGCUGGUCCCAGGUAGCCUUGCCCUAUUUUAAGUCCAUCACCCUCCGCCUGGAGGAGCUCUUUAAAGUGUAGAUGAAAUGGCCACACCCUGAUUAAAACUCUUCAAAGGAUUUCUCAUUCCUUAAGGUAAAAUCCACAUUCCUGUGGGAUCCUAAUUGAUCUGGCCUUGUGGAGGGCUCCUUUCCCUCCUGCCUUGCUGUAGUAUUCUGUUCUCUGGGUUCCUGGUGGAGGCCGCAUUUGUGGUGAGUUGAGGCCUGUGCUCUUCCUUUUCUGAGAAUCCACCUGCUCUUGCUCAUUCCUUAGGUGUCAGUGCUUCAGCUUCCUGAGGGGCCUUCCUCACACCUGGCUGAGAAUAACUUCACCCCAGUCUUUCUCUGCACUGCGGUUCUCACAGUGCGGCUCCUGGAGACACACGGAGGGCUCUGCAGAGUAAAUAUUUUCAUAGCAAUACUGUUUGGUUAUUUCACUUGGUUAACAUGUGCACUAAUCAUACGAAAACUAUUAGGGUUAAAAUUGCUGACGCCUUUGCAGGAACUCAGGCGGCGGCGGCACCCAACUGUGAAGUGCGGGUCUUCGUGCAUUUCACUCCAUACAACGUACUGAAUAUAUUCCAAGUAAAAUGAUUUGCAGGAAAAUAGAACACAACAUACUGCAGCAGAGAGAAUGCAGGGGCAGACAUGAGGGUCCACUUGUCUUCGACUAAGCCAGACAUUAAAAAGAUUUAUAAAAGUAAAAACUCUUCUUACUGCUUUUUUGGCAGAUAUAUUUUUCAUAAAAGUGUGUAUUUGCAUUAACAUACAAUAGGUUUGUUUUUAAAUGAAUAUUUUAAAAAGCGCUCAGUUUUAAUUUCUAAUAAGGCAAAUGACAAUGUAAUCUGUAUACACUUAAGGUCUUUGGGGUCCUCAAUAAUAUUUAAAAAUGUAAAAAGACCCCGAGAUCAAAAUGUUGGAGGACUGUUGCUCUGUCAGUUCACUGUCAUAACAAUGUUCCUCAUUAUCUGAAAUGAUUUUGUUUUCUGUGUUACCAUUAUGCAUUUUAUUCCUAAGAAGAACCUGGAAGUUCGGUGGGGCUUUUUACAAGUGGGGGGAAUAAAGUUCAGAGAGCUUAAGUGAUUUGGAAGGUCCACCCAGCUAGUGCCGGCGUUGGGAUUUGAGUCCAAAGUGUGCAUUUUAUUAUUUUGUCUUGAUAAGUAUAAAGCCCUACAUAUGGGUUAAUGAAUUUAUUCAGCAAAUAUGUUCAAGCACUCCCUGUGAUGGGUGGGAUGGGUGGGCAGUGCUAAGGGCGGGGUCGCAGAUUUCAGCACCAGAGAGCAGGAUCUCUGUUGUGGCUCUUGAGGACCAUGAUGAUGGCGGGAAUACUGUGGUGGCAGGAAUACUGUGGCAGCAGAUCGCAGACACUUGCUGAAGUCUAGGAUUCCCAGAGAAAAGGAUGUCAGAAUGGAGACCUCAAGAAGAGAUGAGGAGUAGGCCCACUGAAAAACAUGUCUUGGAAUAAUAAUUAGCAUAGAACAUAAGUACAGUAGUCACCCGUCUCCGUGGUUUCAGUCCCCUGCGGUCUGGAGCAGGUGGUCCUCUUUCUGACAUAUUGUCAGAAGGUCUCGGUAGCCUAACCCUGUGUCACGGUGCCUCGCUUGAUGUCACAAGAAGGGUUGCGUGCAGCACAGUAAGAGACUUAGAGGGAGAGAGACCACAUUCGCUCAACAGCUACAGUGUGUUGUUGGAGUUCUCUGUUGUUACUGUUGAUCUCUUACUGUGCUGAUUUCUGAGUUAAACUCAGUGAUAGGUGCGUGUGCGUGUGCAGGAGAAAACAGUACAGCUAGGGUUCAGCAUCCUGCGGUCUCGGGCGUCCACUGGGGCUCUGGCAGUACACCACCUGUGGAUGGGCUCCUGAGGCAAAGGAAGUGGGGGUCAAGGGGGGCCGUGUUUAUUGGGCACUUGUUUGGUGCCUGGCACUGUCCUGGGGAUAUAAAAGUGAGAUCGGACUUUUUCUUUAUUGUACUUAUGUUAGUUUACUCUUACUAAGUAGUAAUGUGACCUUGAUGGUCUUGUGUGGUUUCCAUUUGUUUUUUCCAGUGCGGUGGUACAGAUUUUUUUCCCCGAGCUUGUACCUUUAGCCGGCCUCCUGCUCAGUUUUUGUUUUCUGUUGGAGGAAUAUUUGUAAUACUUCAUUUCCAGAGAGCAGAGACAAACAGACCUUGAGCCAAAUGAAUAAACAAGUCCUCUCUCGCUCAGAUGAUCAGUUCGGGCCAUUUUAGCCGUGGAUGAUGUUGGGAACUCUGCUUUUCUCCGAGGGGGCUCGACUACUAGGAUGAGAGCUAAGAGCCGUGCAGUUUCACACACAAGGUGGCAGGGGUGCCGCCAGGUUUAAAGGUGACUCAUGCUUCAGAGCUGCUAGGGAGGAGGGGAGGACGGAUUCUGCAUAAACUAAUAACUUUCUAACAGUAUCGGGUGUCCAAGGAUGUUCAUUCUCCAUAAUUGAACUUUUUAGGUAGGGAGACUUGGACUUUACAGUAUUUUGAGGAAAGUGUGUUAGGUAACACAACAAAUUUAGAGAUUUUAUGAUCCUGGAAUAAAGUAGUGAGUUAACAGGAGUUCAAAAUCUUGGUCUUUCCCACAGUAAAAGAAAACUAUUUCAUUAUAAGGAUUUAUUAAAAAAAAUCUUGGUCUUUAACACAAAUACAGCCUGGGAAAACCAUACGAAGCUCUAAUUCUUCGUGAGAUGAAGUCAAUUCAGCAGUUUUUAAAAUAGUGCUUAUCCUACACCAGGGUCUUUCUAUAUUCUCUGUGUACAGAAACCGUCUGUGCCAAGCAAUUGGUGUUUCCAAAUUACUUUUUAGUCUUAGAAUUUAUUACCCGAAAUAAUUCAGCAAGGUCUCAGGUGGUGGUUUUCACUCUUGGCAAACAUGAUGGAAUUACCUGGGGGAGCUUUUAAAGAUCCCUGUGAGCAGGCCUUGAGUCCAGGUGUCUCUGAGCCUGUGAGCUGGGACCCAGGCAUCACUGCUCUGAGGGUUGCCCGGCGGGGCCGCCGUGUGGGCAGGGCUGCACACCACUGGUCUGCAGCAAAGCAGUUCUGGUGGAAGGGCAGGAGAUAGAGGGGUUCAGCAGCCCACACCACUGCGAUGCCUUCGCCCGAAAUCUUAGUGGAGUUGAAAACUAUUGCUUUAGUGGAUUAAAAUGAGUAUUUUGUAUAAUAGGCGGCAUGAGUGGACAGUGUGCUCUUACUACAGGUCAGACAGCUAAGGCGAACUCAGGAAUCAGGUAAAGGUAGUGGGUGACAGGUAAUAGCCGGGUCUGCGGAUUUCUGAGAAUUGCUGAGCUCUUGUUUGGUCCGCAGGGACAUGCUCCUGCUCUGCUCCAGGUAGUUAUUGCCACAGCUUAGGAUUUUUCAAGAAAGCCAGAUGUCUGCAUUUUUUUGAAACCUUUAUUAUUGUAUUUUAAUAAUGAUGUUAAUUGAAUAAAGCAUCUACAGAGAAAAGUGCACAGACUUUAACGUGCUUCUUGAAUUUCCAUAUGUAACCAGCACCUAGGACGUUGGCAGGAUCUCCAGGCUCGUUCAUUCCUUCCCAACGACUGCGGCCCCCCCUCUCCGGCUCCCCUGUCCUCUUCUGAUACCACAGGGUAGUUUGACCCGUUUUCAAACUAAAUUGAAUUCAUAGUGUGGACCCUUUUGUUUCCUUCAUUCAGUGUUUGUUUUUAUGAGAUCAUCCCUGCCAUUAUUUGGCAGAAAUAGGUGCAUUUACAUGGUUUUAUAUUAUUCCAUAUAUAACGUACUGUCAGUUUAUCCUUUCUGCUGAAGGUACUUGAGUUGUUUCCAGGUGGGGGCUCUUACGUACAUGUGCUGCUAUGAACUUCUGCAUUUCUGGGUCAUAACAGACUGUCAAACACAGUUUUCCAGUGAGUGUACUAGCUUCUCCUACUCGCGGCAUCGGAGAGUUGCAUUUACUCUGUCCUUUUUAGCAUUUUAGCCAUUCUGGUAUGUGCAGUGUUAUUUUGAUUUUGUGCUAAUAAAGACCUUAUAUCUAUUAGCCAUGUGUUCUCUUUUGUAACACUAUCAUUUAAAUCUUUUCCGAUUUUCCUACUUGGUUGAAUAUUUAUUUUUUAUUAUUUUAGUUAAUAGACUACUUUUUAUAGCAGUUUUAGGCUUACGUUAAAUUGAGCAGAUAGUACCUAGUUCCUGCAUACUCCUUAUUCUCCCCCUCAGGCUGUCCCCUGUUGUUAACAUCUUGUGUUAGUGUGGUACAUGUGUAACAAUUAAUGAACCAAUUUUGAUACAUUAUUAUUUAAUAAAUUCCAUAGUUUACAUUAGGGUUCACUGUCUCCAUAGUUCUGCUUGCUCUCCUGGCAUAGUUGGAAUCAUACAAUAUGUAGCCUUUGCAGACUGCCUUCUCUUACUAAGCAAUAUGCAUUCAAGAUUUCUUCAGGUCUCUUCAGGGCUUGACAGCUCAUUUCUUUUUAUUGCUGAAUAAUAUUCCAUUGUCUGCAUGCACUAGAGUUUAUUUACAUUUGAAGGAUAUGUUGGCCGCUUCGGGUGUUUGGUAAUUAUAACUUGCUGUAAACAUUUGUGUGCAGGUUUUCAGCUCAUUUGGGUCAAUGUUGAAGACCACUGUGCUGGAUGGUACGGUGAGACUGGAUGGUGCAGGAAAUUGCCAAACUCCUGCAAAGUGGCUGGGCCAUUCUGCAUUCUCACCCGCAAUGAAUGAGAGUUCCUGCCGCUCCACAUCCCUGUCCACGUUUGGUUGAUUUGAUUGAUUUUUUUUAAAUUUUAGUCUUUCUCAUAGGUGUGUCCUGGUAUCUCAUGGUUUGAAUUGCAGUUCCCUUAUGAGAUAUAAUGUAAAACAUCUGUUUGUAUGCUUCCUUGCCAUCUGUCUGUCUUUGGUGAAGAGUUCUGUCUUUUCAUUAUUGAUGUGUAGGAGUUCUUUAUAUGUGCCGUAUAUGAGUUCUUUGUACUUUCCUGUUCGCUCUUUUAAGGGUAUCUUUUCACGAAAGAAGUUGCUAAUCUUAAUAGUGUCUCAUUUAUCAGUCCUUUCAUGUUUAGUACUUUUGGGACCUGUGUAAGGAAUCUUUGACAAUUGUAAGAUCAUGAAGACGUUUUCCUAUAUUUUCCUCUAGAAGCUUUAUUGUUCUACUUUUCACCUUUAAAUUGAUAAUCCGUCAUCUACUGUUAAAGGGCAUUUCCAUUGUUUUUAUUUGCUGGCUGUUGUAAAUAAUGCUUCUGUGAGCAUUUUUAAACGUGUUUUUGGUACACCGACGUACACAUUUCUGUGGGGCUAUACCCAGGAGCAGAAUUGCUGGGUUACAGGUCUGUUCAGCUUUGGUCAAUGCUGCCAAAUGGUUUUUGAGAGAGUGUAGUGAUUUUCACCCUUUCUAGUGGGAAAUGAGAUUUCCGGUUGCUCUGCAUCCUCCUCAGUCCUUGUUUUUUUCUUUUUUUACUUUUAGCCUUCCUAGUAGAUGUGCAGUUUACUUUUCUAAAACAGUAUUUUUGGUUUCAUAUUUAUCAUACCUUGGGUUUUCACAGCAACCCUGUAAGUACGCAGGAUGGAAAUCAUCCUCAUCUUUGGAUGAAGGAUGGAGCUGAGCAGCGGAUGACCUGCUUUGCAGAGACCUUACUAACCACUUGGCAGGACUGCCAUUCCUAAAGCUCCUGACUCCCAGUCCUGCCUUCAUCACCGUCUCCCUAAUCUGUGACCAGUAACCCAUGUUUUAAUCUAUAGAUACCAUUUUUUUAAGAUUUGUACAUUAAACAUAGUAUCCCUGUGCAUACGUACUUUAUUGGAAAUUGGGACAGAACCUUGGCCUGGGCUCUGCACAGUGGUCUGUGGUGCCCUUUAGCUCUACGUGAUUGUUGCUGCAGUGCUAACAUAAAUUGUACGUUUGCGGAGACGAGACACAGAAUAAUGGCAGCAGAUAGAUCAACAAGAAAUUAUUCUAUUACAUAUAGAAAAUUAGUUUUUUGUGUUGUCUAAGGACACAUUAUUCUCAGCAGUACACUCCCGGAUCAUUCUCAAAAAGGCCCUGUUACUUCUAGACCUUGGGCCUUGAAUUAUUUUAGCUAGGUGGGGAGACUGUACUACUGGAGGUAUUAUUUGGUUAUAAUUUUAACGCAGCAUGGUUUUGUUAAAUUUGGAUAAUGUAUAUGGCGUCUAAAUAUACAUCCACCUGAGUUUAAAGUCUUCUUUAGGAAUUAAAAUUUACAGGUAAUAAAAACAAAUAUUUGAAAGAGGAUUGAUAUUCCUUUUAAAAAUAAGAGACAGUGUAGUAAUAGGCUUGAAAGGGAAACUCCACACAGAAAUACUGAUGAAGUGGGCAUAUUGAAAGCACACCUGGUAAAAGUGAACUUUACUGUGGGAACAUGAGCGACCUGACCCUGUUAGGGACCAUUUGGUGAGUCUCUGACGAGGUAUUUAUCAUUGAGUCUGUGUCACAGAUAAUAUUUCCUAUCAUUUAUCAUGAAACCAGUAUCAGUGUUUCAGACUCUAAUUGUCUCAUUGAAACUUCUCAUGGUUUUGGCAAGCAGGGUACUUUGGCUUGAUGCUCAGUUGAAUGUAUUUUAUACUGAAAGAACCUAAACAGAGUUAGGCUUACAGUUGAUGUAAAAUAUUAUUGAUAAAAUCCAGGUUCAUCUGCUGUUUUUACAGUAGGCACAAGGUUGAAAUUGGGGUCUCAUCUCAGAAAUCAUGACCUUGAGGGGCAUGGAAGCUUGAUUAAUAAGGAGAGAGCCUUGAAUUAUGAGUUGAAAAUUACUCCCAGUUCUGCCCUAAUUGUGUGAUUUGGACCAAGUGGCUAAAUUUCUCUGGGGUCUUAGGUUCCUUAGCUGUACAACGGGGAUGGAGUGUAUAACUCACCUUUCCCCCCAAGUAAAUUUUAUUUCUUUUUUAUCUAACUCCUUUUGAAUAGGUAAUACAUUAUAAUGCUUCAGAAUUUAAAAAAAUGAAAGUCCCUUUCCUAGCCCUAUUCCCCAGAUAGUUACCUUUUUUACAGGUAACCAAUGCUAUUUUUUUCUGUAGUUUUACAGGGGUAUUUUAUGUACAUACGAGCAAGUCCGUGGUAUAUCUGCCCCACCCUCCCUUUUUUAAAGGAGUGAUGCACCUAGAACAUACUGCUUUUUUCAUUGACUACAUUUUGAGGAAUACUUUUUUAUAUGAGUACAUUUCAUUUCCAAAUGAAUAGUUACUAAUAGUAAAUACGUUUGAAAAAAUAAUGGGCGAAAUUCAAACAGUGCCAGUCUUCCCUGGUAGUACACCUCUCUGGGUGCAGGCACCUUUGAGUUGACAGAUGUUUGUUCCUUCUUAGAGGGAAGCAGGUGCUUGUGGCUGGUGCUAUGAACUCGAGCACUUUCUUUUCAGACAGAGAUUCUGUGGAGAAAAUAAUGUAGAUGCAUUUCAGCUAGCUCCUAGGAACAGCCAAAUGGUUAAGGAAUAUCUGUACCAGAUGAGAAUAGUUAGUGGGUACAAAACAAGAUGGACGGAUACUAACUUAGGUAAUUUUGAGGUGAAGGGCAUGAGUCAGGCUACAAGCAGAGAUUAGACAUGCUGGUCUUGGGUGCUUCGGACGCCUGGGUAGAGACCAAAAAAGUCAUUAGCUUUCAUCUUAUCUCUGACUAUUUGGUAAAUAUUUGCUAGGUGCUUAGGAUGUGCUGGGCUUUGUGCAAGGCUUUGGACAUCAGUGACCAAGUAGAAAGGGCUCACGGGCCCAAGCACUGCAGAGUUUUACCUGAAAAAGUCCAGCCGUGCUUAGACCUGAAUGCUGACCAGUGUGGGAGGAACAGGAGAAAACAGGAGAAAGGAGAAAAGGAGAAACUAGAAAACAGUAAAAAUAACACACACACACACACACACACACACACACAGGAAAGUAAAGAGGAGGAAGCAUGGUAGCUGAAGUGGGACCCUACUUGAAGUGGGGGCAACAGCUGUCAGACUUCCCGAAGGUCUGUUUGGUGACCUCGGAAAGCAUCAUAAUGUCAAUGGAAAAGCAGAGAAAGUGCCUCCAUGGUUAGAGAGCUGGGCUCUUGGGGACAAGAUGUUGGAAGACGGGGACCUGGGUGGCUCAGUCGAGUAAGCAUCUGCCUUUGGCUCAGGUCAUGAUCCCAGGGUCCUGGGAUCGAGCCCCACAUUGGGCUUCCUGCUUGGCAGGGAGCCUGCUUCUCCCUCUCCCUCUACUGCUCCCCCUGCUUGUGCUCUCUCUCUCUCUGUGUCAAAUAAAUAAAUAAAACCUUAAAAAAAUUUUUUUAAAUGCCUCAGCAGGAUUUAUGGGUAGCUGAGAUCUUCAAUGCAUAGUGCUUAAGGAUUUAAGUCAGGAGAUGGAAGUUACAAUUAAAUCAAUGGAAUGCUAUAAAUCAUCGUAUCAUAGACAUUUUGUAUAAGAGAUCAACUUAGCAGGGUGGCUGGCUUAGUGGAGCAGGCGUCUUGAUCUUAGGGUUGUGAGUUUGAGCCCCACAUUGGGUGUAGAGAUCACUUACAAAUCUUGAGAAAAAAAAAAGUUGAUUUUAGCUCUUUAGAUCAGAGAUAAGGACAGACCUUUGCCAUUACGAUUUAGCUGCUGGGGCUGUGCACGCGCUCCUGGGAGAAGAGCAGUUCGUCAGACCGCUUGUCCAGUCCACACUAUGGACUGGGCCUGAAUGUCGCUGUGGCAGAGUAUGGUUAUGGAGGGCCAGCUAGGGCCUUGGGCGGCAAGGCUGAGCAUUAAAGAGAUGGCUGUGUUCCUAAACCAUGGGUAGACUUGUCUCAGUAGCCUCAGGAAGCACUCUCCUAUUUUAAUCUGCUCAGGUCUGAGAUCGGCUGUAUGAUUUGGGGGUUGGUUGAUAGUUAUUGUUUUAUACUAUUGAGAAUCUCCAUGUGAAGAGUUAAAUUGAUUUUGAAACUAGUCUUCACAUUUGUUUCAAGAAAAACAAAGGUGCUCAAACCAUUUUUGAUCUUUGCAGCCAGUUUGUGUUUACAUUUGAUAGUGAAUUUGAGUUCUUGGUAUCAGGAAGGGUGAGCGGUUGAAGAGAAUGUGGUCACACCUCUGUGUGUGUAAGGUGACUAUCUGGGGACACCGGCUGGAAUCAGCCUAGAGUCUCCCUGCGUUCCCGAAACCUCACAGUGAUCCCUCCCCUGCCUCUGGGGGCGGGCCGAAUCCUGUCCUGGAUGAACUCCUUGAUUUGAGCACUGCUGAAUGCACUGAGAUGGUUCUUCUCUUGUGUGUGUGGAGGGGGGCUGCAGAGAACACCUGUUCUGAUUCGGGAGGCAUCAGGAAUGUAUGGUGUCACCAUCUCAUGGAAGUUCCUCUGGCUGCUCCUAGGAAAUGCAGCCGUGCUCAGGAGGGUACCAGGAGGCGGCCUUGGAUCUGGCCAAUCUUACACGGCUCCCUGGCCCUCAGAAGUCUGGCGGCCUCUGUGGCUGUGCUUUUACCCUCCCCAACAAUGGGUGAUGCCUGGACAGGGAGAGUUUGCAUGAAGUUUUCACAGGGCUCAUGGAUCUCCCGAAGCGUGUCCUAAGGAUACAUCAACUUCGUAGACCUCUUUUUGGAAAACACACACUCUGGGGACCAGAAAUUUGAAUGAGCUUGAAGAGGUGAUGGGCAAAAGGGGUUAUAUUAAGGCUUUGGACACCACCCCCACAGAAAGCAAAGUGUGGAUGAGAGAGCCCACCUUGCCCUGGGAGAAAGGCUUGGACUUCUCAGUGCAGAGAAAAGGCACAGUUACAAAGUUGUUCCCUCAAAGCAAAGUGAGGUCUGGAGUCGCUGUGGAUUUUAAAAUUAUGCACAAUGUGUAAACUAAAGCAUGUUUUUUCCCCUUUCAGUUACACUUUAAUUUGAAUUAGCAUUGUUUUAAGUUUGUCUUUGAACCAAAUUAAUACUGUAUUAUCACUGCGGGAAGGGACUUAGUGAAAAUGUGAUUUUAUUAUGUUUUGAGCUUUGUUAAAGAGGGAAAUCUUGUUUCUUAAGAUAAAAAUCUUUUUUGGAAAAGUUUUAAUUCAUAAGCAAAACAAUGUCAUUUUUGGUUUUAAAUGUAUGGUUUCUUAUCUCUUAGGGUUUUAUCUAUUGGUUGCAGUUAAUUAUAUCCUUUCUCAUUUUGGGGUGACAUUAAGCAGUUUCAACAUAGAGGCUGUGAAUAUUGUUUCAUUCUACAUCCUGAAAUUGCCUUUUAAAUUUGCCCUUUAGUGAGGAGCUCUCUCAUGAUUGUGUUCAGCCAUUAGGUGGAAACACUCGCUACUGAAUUUUUAAAACACAAUUUUCAACAGAUAUUUUACUUGAACAUUCCCAACCUCUAAACUAUUUCUUUCCAUAGUAUAAACUUUCCCAAAAGGAAUUCUGUAUCAGUUGAUGUGGUCCCAACAAUCGUUUCACUGGGGCCCAGAGAGCAUAAAACAUUUUGUUACUAAUUUAAUUAAAGUGGAAAUUUUGAAUACAUGGUCUUUGGAUAGAAUGUGGAUAUAGCGAGGAAUGAAUAGAAUAUAAGUUACGUGUAUCUUUUCUGUGGUGGCCCAUUCUGUUUCUGGGUGAAGUUGUUCUAUUGAAUUAUAUUAGUGUUUCUUGAAACUGCAAUGUGCUUUCCUCAAGGAUCUGCUGUAAGAAUUCCUGAGGGGUCUCCAGCCUUCUCCUUGGCGCUCUUCUCCCACCUCCUCUGUGGCCGCUGCCACCUCCCGCCUGGAGAAUCUCGCAGUUGUUGCUUACCGCACAUGCCAGUGUAGGGGAGGGGGCCUUGUGGCCAAAGCUGGACUGCAGGCUGUUUUCUCAGAGGAGGGGUUUUUAAAGGUCUGUUGAAAAUUUGGAAUGCCUGUGUUUACCACACGGACGUUUGAGAAAUAGAAGACUGUCUGGAGCUUCCUUGAGUCUUGAAAUCAACCCUACUUUACUGUCCAGAUACAAAGAAUUGUAUGCGAUGUAUUUCUCGUCUUUUUAUCAUUAAUAUGUGUUAUAAAUUUGUGCCUAAAUUAUAAGACUGGGGGUUUAUUAUUUUACGUAACUGUAGAGGUUUAAGACAUCUUUAUUUUCCGAGAUUCUUGAAAAAUUUUUGUGAUUAUUACACUUUUAUUUGAAAAUACUUUUAUGUUUGUAGCUGUUGACCUAUGUGUCUAUAGAAGCACAUCAUGAAGCCUAAGGACUCCUCAGAGCACUGUGGACAGAGGUCUUCCUAAACCCUAACCAUACGGGAGAGCAGAAGCUUUUCCUCUCUGACUUAAUAUCGCUCUGCGGCAGUUUUCAGAGAUGGAGUUUUAACAUUGAAUGCGGAGAACACUAAUUAUGCCUAUCAAGUUCCAAACUUCCAUAAGUGUGAAAUCUGUCUGCUAUCUUUUCCAAAAGAGUCCCAGUUUCAACGCCACAUGAGGGAUCACGAGCGAAAUGACAAGCCACAUCGAUGUGACCAGUGCCCCCAAACAUUUAAUGUUGAAUUCAACCUGACACUUCAUAAAUGCACCCACAAUGGGGAAGAUCCUACCUGUCCUGUGUGUAACAAGAAAUUCUCCAGAGUGGCUAGUCUCAAAGCGCAUAUUAUGCUACAUGAAAAGGAAGAGAAUCUCAUCUGCUCGGAGUGUGGGGAUGAGUUCACGCUGCAGAGCCAGUUGGCCAUACACAUGGAGGAGCACCGCCAGGAGCUGGCCGGGAGCCGGCUGCAUGCCUGCAAGGCCUGUAGGAGAGAGUUCGAGACGUCCUCCCAGCUGAAGGAGCACACGAAGACUCAUUAUAAAAUUAGGGUGUCAAGUACAAGGUCUUACAAUCGGAACAUUGACAGAAGUGGAUUCACGUACUCAUGCCCACACUGUGGAAAGACGUUUCAAAAGCCGAGUCAGUUAACUCGUCAUAUUAGGAUACACACAGGUGAAAGGCCAUUUAAAUGUAGUGAAUGUGGGAAAGCUUUUAACCAGAAGGGGGCAUUGCAAACUCACAUGAUUAAGCAUACAGGUGAAAAACCCCACGCCUGUGCCUUUUGUCCUGCUGCCUUUUCUCAGAAAGGGAAUCUGCAGUCACACGUGCAGAGAGUUCACUCGGAGGUCAAGAAUGGCCCCACCUAUAAUUGUACAGAAUGUAGUUGUGUAUUUAAAAGUCUAGGUAGCUUGAACACUCAUAUCAGCAAGAUGCACAUGGGCGGACCACAGAAUCCAGCAAGCUCUACGGAGACUGCUCACGUUCUAACGGCCACGCUGUUUCAGACGUUACCUCUCCAGCAGACGGAAGUUCACGUCACGUCUGCGUCGAGCCAGCAGAAUUCCCAGGCCGUGACGGACGUCAUCCAGCAGCUCCUGGAGCUCUCAGAGCCGGGGCCGGCGGAGUCCAGCCAGCCCCCGCAGCCCAGCCAGCAGCUCAGCAUCACCGUGGGCAUCAACCAGGACAUUUUACAGCAAGCCUUAGAAAACAGUGGGCUGUCUUCAAUUCCAGCUGCAGCGCACGCUCACGACACCAGCCGCGCCAGGACGCCCUUGGCGCAGGGCCAGAAUCCCGACGCCCCUCACGCUUCCAGCGAGCAGACCCACCCCACCGAGGCAGAGCAGGAAAAAGACCAAGAAAGCCCAGAGAAGUUGGAUAAAAAAGAAAAAAAAAUUAUAAAGAAGAAAUCACCAUUUCUACCUGGUUCAAUCCGUGAGGAGAAUGGCGUUCGGUGGCACGUGUGUCCCUACUGCACCAAGGAGUUCCGGAAGCCUAGCGACCUGGUGCGUCACAUCCGCAUUCACACCCACGAGAAGCCCUUCAAGUGUCCACAGUGUUUCCGGGCCUUUGCUGUGAAGAGCACCCUGACCGCUCACAUCAAAACACACACGGGCAUCAAGGCGUUCAAGUGCCAGUACUGCAUGAAGAGCUUUUCCACCUCGGGGAGCCUCAAAGUACACAUCCGGCUGCACACAGGGGUCAGACCUUUUGCUUGUCCUCACUGUGACAAAAAGUUUCGCACCUCAGGCCAUAGGAAGACUCACAUUGCUUCUCACUUUAAGCACACGGAGCUAAGAAAGAUAAGGCAGCAGCGCAAACCUGCAAAGGUGCGAGUCGGCAAGGCCAGCGCUCCGGUCCCCGAUAUUCCUCUUCAAGAGCCGAUUCUCAUAACUGACGUAGGUCUUAUCCAGCCCAUUCCAAGAAACCAGUUUUUUCAAAGUUAUUUUAAUAAUAAUUUUGUAAACGAAGCAGAUAGACCGUACAAGUGUUUUUACUGUCAUCGUGCAUAUAAAAAAUCUUGCCACCUUAAACAACACAUCAGAUCACAUACAGGUGAAAAGCCUUUUAAAUGUUCUCAGUGUGGAAGAGGCUUUGUUUCUGCAGGAGUGCUCAAAGCACACGUCCGAACGCACACUGGACUAAAAUCUUUCAAGUGUCUGAUAUGUAACGGAGCUUUCACUACUGGUGGGAGCUUACGGCGACAUAUGGGUAUCCAUAAUGACCUUCGUCCCUAUAUGUGUCCCUAUUGCCAGAAAACAUUUAAGACCUCACUAAAUUGCAAAAAGCACAUGAAAACCCAUAGAUACGAGCUUGCCCAGCAGCUCCAGCAGCACCAGCAAGCCGCCUCGCUGGACGACAGCGCCGUGGACCAGCAGGGCAUGCACGUCUCGACGCACAUGCAGGUGGAGAUCGAGAGCGAGCAGCUGCAGGCGGCGGCGGGGCCCGCGAACCCCGAGGCCAUGCUGGACCUGGAGCCACAGCAGGUCGUGCGCACGGAGGACGCGGGACUCGGUCAGCAGUUGACGCAUCAGCCUCUGGAAGCAGAUGAAGAUAGGUUCGUGGCCCCGCCGCCCGCCCUCCAAGGGCCCAUGGACCAGUUCGAACAGCAGGCCCCUCCUCAGCAGUCCUUCGAACCGGCUGGCUUGUCACAGGGCUUUACCGUGACAGACACGUACAGUCAGCAGCCCCCGUUUGCACCCGUCCAGCAGCUACAAGACUCCAGCACACUGGAGUCUCAGGCCCUGUCCACGAGCUUCCAUCAGCAGAACUUACUGCAGGUCCCCAGCUCUGACGCGAUGAACGUCACAACGCGUUUGAUCCAAGAGUCGUCCCAAGAGGAACUGGAGCUGCAGACUCAACGUCCCGAAUUCCUGGAGGACAGGGAGGACCAGAGCCGGCGCUCCUACAGGUGUGAGUACUGCAGCAAAGGCUUCAAGAAGUCUAGCCACCUGAAGCAGCACGUGCGGUCCCACACCGGGGAGAAGCCCUACAAGUGCAAGCUGUGUGGACGUGGCUUCGUAUCCUCCGGGGUCCUCAAGUCGCACGAGAAGACACACACAGGAGUAAAGGCGUUCAGCUGCAGCGUCUGCAGCACUUCAUUCACCACCAACGGCAGCCUCACCCGGCACAUGGCCACGCACAUGAGCACGAAGCCCUACAAGUGUCCGUUCUGUGAGCAGGGCUUCCGGACCACAGUGCACUGCAAGAAGCACAUGAGGAGGCACCAGGCUGUCCCCUCUGCAGUGUCAGCAACGGGGGAGGAGGAAGGAGAUGUGUGUAUGGAGGAAGAGGAAGAGAAUUCUGAAAGAAGUGCGUCUCGAAAGGCUCGUCCGGAGGUCAUCACUUUCACGGAGGAGGAGACGGCGCAGUUGGCCAAGAUUCGGCCGCAGGAAAGUGCGACCGUCUCCGAGCAGGUCCUGGUGCAGUCGGCUGCGGAGAAGGACCGCAUCAGCGAGAUGAAGGACAGGCAGGCGGAGCUGGAGGCCGAGCCCAAGUACGCCAACUGCUGCUCCUACUGCCCCAAGAGCUUCAAGAAGCCCAGCGACUUGGUGAGGCAUGUUCGGAUCCACACUGGAGAAAAGCCAUACAAAUGUGAUGAAUGUGGGAAGAGCUUUACUGUUAAGUCGACUCUGGACUGCCACGUGAAGACCCACACAGGUCAGAAGCUCUUCAGCUGUCAUGUCUGCAGCAACGCCUUCUCGACGAAGGGAAGCCUGAAGGUGCACAUGCGUCUGCACACGGGAGCAAAGCCUUUCAAGUGUCCCCACUGUGAGCUGCGUUUCCGCACGUCGGGCCGGAGGAAGACUCACAUGCAGUUCCAUUAUAAGCCCGACCCGAAGAAAGCCCGGAAGCCAGUGACUCGAAGCUCGUCGGAAGGACUGCAGCCCAUGAGCCUGCUCAGUCCGACGUCCACCGACCCGAACGUGUUCGUCAUGAACAACUCGGUUCUCACGGGACAGUUCGAGCAAAAUGUGCUUCAGCAAGGGCUGGUGGGCCAGGCUAUUCUGCCCGCGUCCGUGUCAGCCGGCGGUGACUGGACGGUGUCCCUGACGGACGGGAGCCUGACCACCCUGGAGGGCAUACAGUUACAACUGGCUGCUAACUUAGUUGGCCCCAACGUUCAGAUCUCCGGGAUCGAUGCCUCCAGCAUUAAUAACAUCACAUUACAGAUCGACCCAAGUAUUUUGCAGCAAACGUUACAGCAGGGCAACUUGCUUACUCAGCAGCUGCCAGGGGAGCCUGGCCUGGCCUCACAGAACAACUCUCUUCAGACCCAGGACAGCACGGUCCCAGCCAGUGUCGUCAUCCAACCUAUCCCUGGCCUGUCCUUACAGCCCACUGUGACAUCUGCCAGUCUGACCAUCGGCCCGCUGUCUGAGCAGGACCCCGUGAUGACCACCAGCAGCAGUGGGACUCAAGACCUUUCUCAGGUGAUGACAUCGCAAGGCCUGGUGUCCACGUCCAGCGGCCCCCACGAGAUCACCCUGACCAUUAACAACUCAAGUCUGAGCCAGGUCUUGGCACAGGCUGCCGGGCCCACCGCUGCGUCGUCCUCGGGGUCUCCCCAGGAGAUCACCCUGACCAUCUCUGAGCUGAACGCCACCGCUGGAAGCCUUCCUUCGACAGCGCCGAUGUCUCCGUCUGCCAUGUCUGCUCAGAACCUGGUCAUGUCUUCGUCGGGGGUGGGAGGAGAUGCCAGUGUCACACUGACUCUGGCCGACACUCAGGGCCUGCUCUCUGGAGGACUGGACACGGUCACGCUCAACAUUGCUUCUCAGGGUCAGCAGUUCCCAGCCUUACUCACGGAUCCCUCGCUGUCGGGCCCAGGGGGAGCGGGUUCGCCGCAGGUCAUCCUGGUGAGCCACACCCCGCAGGCCUCCGCCGCCGCGUGUGAGGAAAUCGCCUACCAGGUGGCGGACGUCUCUGUGGCACAGGGUGGGCAGCCCGAGAAGGAGGGCCGGGCGCACCAGUGCCUGGAGUGCGGCCGCACCUGCGCGUCGGCCACCAUGCUCCUGCAGCACAGCAAGGAGGUGCACGGCCGGGAGCGCAUCCACGUGUGUCCCGUGUGCAGGAAGGCCUUCAAGCGCGCCACGCACCUCAAGGAGCACAUGCAGACUCACCAAGCCGGCCCUUCGUUGAGCUCUCAGAAGCCCAGAGUGUUUAAAUGUGACACCUGUGAAAAGGCGUUCGCCAAGCCCAGCCAGCUGGAGCGGCACAGCCGUAUCCACACAGGAGAGCGGCCGUUCCACUGCACUCUGUGUGAGAAAGCCUUCAACCAGAAGAGCGCCCUGCAGGUGCACAUGAAGAAGCACACGGGCGAGCGGCCCUACAAGUGUGACUACUGCGUCAUGGGCUUCACCCAGAAGAGCAACAUGAAGCUGCACAUGAAACGCGCGCACAGCUACGCGGGCAAUCUGCAGGAGCCCGUCAUCCAGCAGGAGCACGGCGCCGAGGAGCUGAGCCGGACGCUCCACCUGGAGGAGGUGGUGCAGGAGUCCGCGAGCGAGUGGCAGGCCCUGGCCAAUGUGUUCUGACGCGGCCCGACCCCACCUCGAAGGCCGUUUCUGAAGUUAAAUGUGGUGAGGAACGGAGCACUUGGAAUUUCCGUUCUGAAACUUCCAGUGUUACAGAUGUUACUAUGCUAGUUUGUCGUGUAUAAAAUUAUCUCCAGAAUCAUUGUCUUCAGAGACUGAUAGGAAACACCUGGGAACAGUGCACACGCGUCGUUGUUGUUUGUCUACAGAUCAUUGAACUCAGGUAUACACUGGGCAGUUCUGCCUUCUCCUCGGCGGCCAGUGCGUCUGGUUACAAAGACGUUAACUGGAUCUUACUAUCACUGUAGUGUGACCUCUUUGUAUUAGCAAAGACGAAAGUUAACAUGGAAAAAGUAAGAUAGAUUUUUCUUCAUGCUUUCUGUUGUAAGAAGCAUAGCUUAUAAAACAAACAUAAAAUUGGUGCAUGAUGUUCAGAAAAAUAUUAGAACACACAGGGAAGUGUUUUCCAUUUUCUUUCUCUGUGCAUUUUGAAAUUAGAAAUUGACUUUCUUAGUCUACCAUAAGUUACUAGAAUACCUGGAGAGAUGGCUGGACCAUUCUCUGCAUUAUGAUUCUCGAACCAUUAGCUACAAGAAUGCAGCAUCGGGGCAUAAAUGGGGCGGGGGGGCACAAAUGAGGAUGAAAGUGUCCUCGCAGGAUGGGGGCGGGGCCGCACCUGCUUUUUUGUAAGUCCACCUUCAGGUCCCUGGGUUAGAUGAUCGCAGAAAGCACAAGCCAUACAUCGCAAGCAGGCGAGAGCAGAACUGUGUCCCGGGAGCACAGGAGCCGUGGCCCUGCCCCCCGUCACGAAGCGGCAUGUUCGUAGGUUAGAGGUGACGCCCCGCACGAGCCCCGCGCCCCUCUCUCCAUGCGUAGGCAGGUGUGUGUUUGUUUCAGGGAACUCCUUACUAUCAUCAACGGUGCCACAUUGAACUCGUCCCAAACCAAAUCCCACCCCGAGCCGGGGCAGAGUGUGCGUGGGUCCUACAGCAUUCCAAAGACGGAAAGUUCUUUACUUCAUGUGAACCUCUCCUUCGGAAUUAUUUAUAUGUUCUAUAUAUAAAUACAUGUGUACAUAGACAGGUAUAUGGGCCUCUGUGUGGCUGAACAGUAUAUUUUGUAAAUAGAAGCACUCGUCCCGAUUACAGAGAGAGCGCCUCAGAGUUCUGACCUCCCCACGAGCACUUCAGAUCAGUAUUGUAGUCGUUGUAGUAAUAAAUGGGUAUCUUUUCCAUUGUAACAUACAGGUGGGGUGGUUUUGCUUUUGUUUUUUUUCCUGAAAAAUAAUUGCCUUUAUUUUGUCUCACGGCCUCCCUGGUUUCAGAAGAGAGCAGUUUUAUUAUAAAUAUUGUAUGGACUUUGUAUAUUAAGAGAGAAGCUCAUUUCAGAUUCCUGAAGAAAGAGACAUUUUCACUGUUAUUUUUUCAAAGGGCAUCUUUUGAUUUGUUGUUGUUGUUGACUUUUUGGCGUAUGUACAUAAGUAAUAUUGAUGAUGAUAUAAAAACUUUGGUUAUGUGAAAAUAUUUAAGUCAGAAAACUGUUAAAUAAUAUUACUUUUUUUUUCAAACUGCUUUGUGUAUUGUAUAUUUUUUUAAGGAAAAAAAAAGCCUUAUUUGACUUAUUCUUGUGAUACUGGACUUAUUAUAUAUCCUGAGGUUUUCCUUGAAUGUCAGUGUAGCUGGCUGUAGUCCAUAUAUUCCGAAGAAUUGUAAUUGUGCCAGAGUUUUAAAGAUUCUGCUUUUAAUGCACUUUUCUUUUAUAAUUUUGUAUUAAAAUAUUUUAGAAAUGUUGAUUAAUUUUGGUGAACAGAUAUCUCCAAAGUUGAAAUUAUUGGAAUUUAAAAAAUUGUGUUCUUGCUAGGUUAUUUAUUUUGGUUGUAGCAUUAAAUGUCAUCUCUCAGGACAAGUCUCUGAAAGGGGUUUAUUUAAUUCCUAAUUGUACAGAAAGCAUAGCUCAGUGGACUGUAUUGGUGACUGUUGCCUGCUUAGGCCUUACCAGGUGAAUCUAAAGCCUACUUUUAUUUUCAUCAAAGAAAAAGGAAAAAAGAUCUGUCAACGAUUCAUUUUGUGAGUUUUCUCAAUUUAUUAACUAUUGGCAGGCAAACACAAGACAUUAAUAUAUUAUUUUUAUUUCCUUCCUAAUUAUAAAAGCUGCUUCUUUGCAAAACGUUCCUUGAAAAUAUAAGGUUUUGUAAAGGCGUAAUUUCCCUUGAACCUUUGGUGGGGUACAGGUCGAUCUUUGUGUUUUACUGGUUGAUAAAUGUCUUCUGACGAGAUUUCUAGCCUCCUGCAUAACCAGGGUUUUGAGAAUAGAUAACUGUAUUUUUAGAAAUAUCUCAUCAUAGCAUAUCUGCUUUGGAAUAACAAUAAAUAAAAAAUGAAGUUAGGAAGUGUGAUUAAUUUUUUUUUCUUUUAAAAUAUUUAUUAUAUAAUAGUUUGGCACACGAAUUAAUUUCAAGUUCAGAUAAUUUUAUAACAGAGCAGAACUUUAAUGGUGUUUUCCUUUGCCUCUGUGAAGUCCAGACAUAGAAACUAACCCUGCAAGGUCUAUCUGAGGAGCUUUGAACUUAAAAAGUCAGGAUAGGGGUCACGGACAGGCACGCCGUCUGUAUGAGCUACAAGCGUCAGUCCUGUUCUCAGUCGCCCGCGUGAUGGGCCCUAGUGAGCGAUACCCUGGGCGUCUGAGUACUGCGAAAGUUCUCGACUGUCUUUAACCCACUUUGGUGGUGAGCUGCCCGUGAAGCCGUCCCGUGAGCUGAGGGAAUGAGCUGCCUUUGCACACACACUAAAAUCCCGGGAGAUCCUGUGCUGUUGAGGUAGCCGGGGUCUGGGACGCGUAGGAUCCAGCGCACUGGGGAACGCAGAAGCGCUCCUGUUUUCCCAGAACGGCGACAGAUGAACAAAAACGUGACCUGAAAUGCCCCUGCCCUGAGCUCUCCUGGGCCUCCACCGAUCCUUCACGGGGUGCACGGGGGAGACCCUUCGAGGAGCAGAGGCAUCCCUCACAGCGCGAGGCCCUCUGACCACGUGGGCUGAUGGACCGGGCCCCUCUGUCCCAGUGAGGGAUUCCCGCUGUUCUGUUGAGUUUCUCUUCCGUCCAAGCGCAGCAGUUCACGGGGCAUCGCGCCUUUAGCUCCGUGUUCUGGGCUCCCCUGCCCGCUGCUGCUCGUGGAGGAAUGUGAAUUUGAGCCUCAAGACUAUGCCUAGUGUCCUCCGCUCUCGUCUAAACUCUCCUGCAGCAUUUAUGUGCAAGAAAUGCAUGUGUCAGGACAGGUACAGGAUUUGUUUAAAGUGUAAGUAGAUCUCUGUUCUUCCUGCGGAUUUUCCUCUUUGCUGGGAAAUAGGUGUAACUCAUGGAGAUACACAUUUUAACAUUAAGUGAUCACUCAGAUUUAUGGAAGUAACAUCGUUUUAAGAAAAUAUGUAAGAUAUAUAGGACUGCAUUCCAGGUAUUAUUUUUAUUAGAGACCGCUCCUGCCUGCUUUUUGCUUAUUUUUUUCCCCCAGAGGUUUAUUUCAAAGUCAAUAUUGUGCCCCCCCACCAAAAAAAUUAAUCCAAGCGUCGACCAUUGCUAAUCUAUCUUUUUCCCAAAUCUCCCAUAUAAAGUGAGGCAGAGAUGAAAGUACAUACUUGGCAUUUUGUAGUCCUCUAGAUUUCUUCUCGUUUUGCCACUUAAUCUCUAUUCAUGCAAAGUCGGUGUUUUGGCUUUUUAGAAUAGAAUUUCAGAAGUGCUUACAUUCACAUCUGGGGCCUCUCUAUCUUUACCUUAUUCUAAUGAAAAUUAGCAUUUUAAAACAUAGUUGCACCGUAAACUGAUUAAAAAGUGUGGGCAUGCAGAGUUUUUGUAACGUUUGAAGCCCUGUGUCUCUCCAGUAAGACGUUCUCUUCGCCUCCAUAAGGUUUACAAGCCGAGUGUCCUCUUUGUCCCGCUGUCCCAGUGUGAACUGGCCCCCUCAUAGACAGGCGCUCCGGUAGUUUCUCAGAUGGUUGAUGAGUAAAGUAUUUAAAGCACUAAAAUAAAGAUUAAGUGGCAGGAACAAUAGGCAGUGAUCAUAAUAUAAGAUUUUGCUAUUUAAUCUUUUUUACAUGUAAUGCUUUACGGCAUGAAGACUUUUGUAUUAAAUCAAGAUUUGUAAUCCAUUUGACAAAUUCUGCAGUGACAUAGUGAUUCGUUCUCCAUUCACCACUAAAGAGAACUUUUAAAAUCAGUUCUUUUUUAUUUACAGAAGAAUUCUUUUUUUAUCUUAAAAAUUGUUUCAUGGUCUAUUUAUACAUUGGAUGAUAUUUCUUUACUCCAAUUUUGUAUUAGAAAUGGAUAGUUAUGCCAAGAGCCACUGUGCUGGCUUGAAGAAUAAUAAAAAUAGUUUUUGCGUUAUUUUAAAACUCCUGUAUAUUUACUUAUUUGGGUUUGGGGUGAGUUACAACUGUUUAAAGAUGGAUGUUUUCUGUAGGUGACAUUUACGGCAAGGUUAACCCAACACAACGAUGCUGAAUUUGUAAUAAAUUGAGAUCCGUGGGGUUUGAA